CCAAAACUCUAUAACACACCCCUUUCAUGUGGGGUUUCACCGCAAGUACACGGUAUUAAAUUACGCAAGGGGAGGCCAUUCCUGGACUGGGUUGCCAGCAAAACAAAGUAGCAGCUUGGCUAGCUAAGUUGUCUACAUAUUUUACAGAAGAACCACGAUGAGUCUUAACAAAGCAGAGCUCUGCGACUCGUUACUAAACUGGUUGCAGACGUUUCAGGUGCCCUGCUGCAGUAGCAAGCAGGACCUGACCAGUGGAGUGGCCAUCGCCCAGGUGCUGCACAGAAUAGACUCCUCCUGGUUCAAUGAGCCGUGGCUGGGCAGGAUCAAGGAGGAAGGCGGGGCCAACUGGCGGCUGAAGGUGAGCAACCUGAAGAAGAUCCUGCAGAGCAUGCUGGAGUAUUAUCAAGAUGUGCUGGGCCACCCGGUGUCGGACGAGCAUCUUCCGGACGUCUGCCUGAUCGGGGAGAUGGGCGACGUGGCCGAACUGGGAAAGCUUGUGCAGUUGGUGCUGGGCUGUGCCGUCAGCUGCGAGAAGAAGCAAGAGCACAUCCAGCAGAUUAUGACCCUGGAGGAGUCUGUCCAGCACGUUGUCAUGACUGCCAUCCAAGAGCUGCUGACUAAAGAAAGUGUAGAGCCAGGAAGCCCUGAGACGUAUGGAGACUUUGACUAUCAGUCUCGGAAGUACUAUUUCCUCAGCGAAGAGGCGGGGGAGAAGGAGGACCUGAGCGGGCGCUGCCGGGACCUGGAGCACCAGAUUUCGGCCCUCGUGGAGGAGAAGGCGCUGCUGGCUGCGGAGGCGCGCUCCCUGAAGGAGCGGCUGGGCCGCUGUGACCCCCAGGACGCCUCCUCCACCAUCACCGGCAAGAAGCUGCUGCUGCUGCAGAGCCAGAUGGAGCAGCUGCAGGAGGAGAACUUCAGGCUGGAGAGCGCCCGAGACGACCUGCGCACGCGGGAGGAGGCGCUGGAGAGGGAGGUGUCGGAGAUGCAGCAGCGCAACGAGGAGCUGACCAGCCUGGCGCAGGAGGCGCAGACGCUCAAGGACGAAAUGGACAUCCUGCGGCACUCCUCGGACCGCGUGAGCAGGCUGGAGGCGCUGGUGGACACGUACAAGCGCAAGCUGGAGGACCUGGGCGACCUGCGCAGGCAGGUGCGCCUGCUGGAGGAGAGGAACACGGUGUACAUGCAGCGCACCUGCGAGCUGGAGGAGGAGCUCCGUCGCGCCAACGCCGUCCGCAGCCAGCUGGACACCUACAAGAGACAGGUCCACGAGCUCCACACCAAACACUCGUCCGAGGCUCUGAAGGCUGAGAAGUGGCAGUUUGAGUACAAGAACCUGCACGACAAGUACGAGGCCCUGCAGAAGGAGAAGGAGGUGAGGGUGUGUGUCUGUCUGUCUGUCUGUGUGUGUGUGUGUGUGUGUGUGUGUGUGUGUGUGUGUGUGGGUCCAAGGGAGAUGGUGGUGGUGUGUCACACCGAUCUGGAGGACACCUGCGAACAGAGGGAGCUGCGCUGUCUGUCGCCCCCUGCAGGUGGCCUGUGUGAAGAUGACUCCAGCACUGUGGGAAACCUGGCCUCUGAAAUCAUGCCCACAGAGUUCAGGGAGACGGUGGUGCGUCUGCAGAGUGAGAACCGGAUGCUGUGCGUGCAGGAGGAGAGCUACAGGCAGCAGCUGCUGGAGGUGCGCGGCCAGCUGGAGGAGUCCCAGCGCAGCCAGAACACCCUGGAGACCCAGAACAGGUUGAGUCAGCAGCAGGUGGCUGAUCUGCGCUCUCAGGUGGAGGAGCUGCAGAGGGCCCUCCAGGAGCAGGGCAGCAAAGCCGAGGAUUCGUCCCUGCUGAAAAAGAAGCUGGAGGAGCAUCUGGAGAAGCUGCACGAGGCUCACUCGGACCUGCAGAAGAAGAAGGAGUACAUCGAUGACCUGGAGCCCAAAGUGGACGGCAACAUGGCGAAGAAGAUUGACGAGCUGCAGGAGAUCCUGAAGAAGAAGGACGAGGACAUGAAGCAGAUGGAGGAGCGCUACAAGCGCUACGUGGAGAAGGCGCGCACGGUGAUAAAGACGCUGGACCCCAAACAGCAGUCCCCUUCCUUGUCGCCUGAGCUGCUCACCCUGAAGAACCAGCUGAGUGAGAAGGAGCGCAAGAUCCAGCACCUGGAGCACGACUACGAGAAGUCCAAGUCCAGACACGAGCAGGAGGAGAAGCUCAUCAUCAGUGCCUGGUACAACAUGGGCAUGGCUCUGCACCAGAAGGUGGCGGGUGAAAGGUCGGGGUCGCCGGGCCAGGCGCAGUCCUUCCUGGCCCUGCAGAGGCAGUCCUCCCAGGCCAGGAAGGGCCUGACCUCCAGACUGCAGCCCAGAUAAGAGCCGGCCCCUCUCCAGGACCCAGGACCCAGGACCCAGAAUAGGAAGCGCCUUACGGACUGAGUGCAGUACACUGGGAAUGAAAGGUGGCACAGUAUCCACGUCCGUGUAGGCCAUUUUCUCCUCUCUGGUGCCCCCUGGUGUUCAUCAGUAUUUUCUAGCGAUCUCUGCUCUCCUCUCGGUUUUUAUUUUUUCCAGGCAGGGUACUGCCUCCCUCUACAGGCCUGUGCUGGUACUGGCAGUGAUCGAUUCCUGCAGGAGCUUUUUGACACUUCAGUGCUGGUCACGAACACAGAAAACAAACACACGCUCAUCUCCAGCUGCAGGAUUUUUAUUCGCUGUUUUUUAAUAAGAUACAUUUAUACGAUCAGGAAUAUUUCACGAGCACAGAUUAUUCAAAUUUAAUAAUCUUAUUUUCUGUGCAUGUUUUUUGAUUUGAUUUUUUAAAACUGUAAAUAGUUUUUAUUGUAGUAUUACUGGAAAUUUAAUAGCUGUGGUUUGAAAGGCCCCCCAUAGCAGAGUUGGGUUGGAGAUUUUUUCCUUUUACAACACUAGAGAGACCGAACAGAAAGGCCUUAAUGUUGGGGAAGAGAAAUUACACAUUGAUUCAUUACGACUGAUGGGAAGGACAUGUUGACUGCUGUUCUUCAAGUCUAUUUCUAUCAAAGUAAUUACAUUUUCGUUUGUAAUUUAGAAUAGCGUAGAUGGUGAUUACACUGAUCUGACGUAGAGAAAAAUGAUCGUUUCCUGUUUGGAGCUAAAUGGUGGUGAGACCGCUACUACACAAGUUUGAAGAAAACAAUGCCUGCGGCUUAGAAUACACUUCAACUGGAGAACAACAACCUUAAUUUAGACACGGCACUCAGCCAGGGCGUCGUUUCUAAAAGGCUAAAUGAUGUGGUCUUUUGGUAUUUUAUUUGCUCAGUUUAAAUUGUGUAUUGCUAUUGAUUUUACCGUCGAGCGCUAUGUUGGUCAUUCUUAUUUGACUGAUGUGGCAUGUGAUGGUGUCUGUUUCUCUCUGAUAGUCGUACUGGGCUGUCUGAACAAAAUGGUGCACUGGACUUCAAAGAAUAUUUAAAAAUCCUAAAGUGGGAUUGAACUCUGCUGGUUGGUCUGUUCUGCUGUCCAUCAUGUAGACUUUUUGGGUCUUCUUUUCCUAUGUUCUUAUGUGUGUUCUCUUGUCUUUUUGCUGUGGUCAUAUACACAGUGUUUGUCUUGUAAAACCUGUUGAAGCGUACAGCUGAAAAAUGCUGGUGAAACUUCUCAACAACAAAAAAACAAGAAAAAAAAAACAAAACAAAGAUCUGUAACCCUGAACACUUUCAUCUAGUUGAUAAUGAUUCUUCAUCAUGUCCAUGGGUUAUGAAUUUGAUUUUUUAUUGACAUUUGUAUUUUUAUUUUUAAUGUGCACUUUCUACAUGCACCCAGCUGAAAUAUUAAACUGAAAUCCUAGCUGCUUAGUGGACAAAACCGGUAGUGCACAGACCUGCACACUGACUGAGCAGUGCCAUUGUGGACCUCCGUGCAUCUCCUGCAACACUACAUUAUGUGUGUGGCACUCUGGCACUAAAGUGUGUGUGGUACACAGAUAAGUCUCUGUCCAUCUGUACAUAUUUUGCACUUCUUUGAGUGAUCGGUAAAUCCCCAUGUUAAACAGAGGGCACUUUUAACUUGAUCUAAUGGAGAGAUGUGCUUUUAUGACACCCAACACUUUUUCCCAAGCUACGUCGAUAAUUUGCACACUUGAUGCAUCAAUUAGCUUGACUAAAUUAAAUGCAUGAUGGUACUUUCCUUAUGUAUGGUACACCUGACCGUUUGAAAUGUGAAUGUAUAUGUACAACACUGGAUCAAAAUCUGGUCUACGUUCUUAAGAGAAUGCUUUUUUUUUUAUUGUACUACACUACCUGUGAGACUACAGAUCGACAAUAUGUAUAGGUGCUAUGUUAAUUAAUGCUGGGUUUGGUAGCAAAUACACUGAAACUAACAUUUUUUUAAACCCAUGUUGUACCUCUAAACACAUGGAUAAAUGCCUCAUCCCAACAGCCAUUGCGUGAAUUUUUUUUAUGAUUCUUUGGGAAAUUCGAAAAUCAUCAAAGAUGCCUGGCUUUGUUCAGACCUAAAUUGUGGGUUUCUGUAAAAUUCGGAUUCUUUUCCGGACUGAAAUACACAAACGCCUCUUACCAAGUCCUGAAACCUGAUCAGCUGUGAAAAAAUAUUGUAUACUGUGUGUAAAAUUAUUUGUCCUUCCAUGUGAUGCUUGUUGAAGUCAUUGGUUUCCAGUCCCAAUCGCAGAAACCCAUUAGUGAAUGUAUACGAGUGAGCUUCAGAGAACAUGGCAACACGUGGACGUCAUACACUUAUUUUCUCAAGUGCUAGAUAAAGUGUUUCUUAUAUUUGCACCCAUUGAUUUUGGUUACUAGCUGUGCUAAUGGUUUAAUUUUUAUUUUCAAACUGCAGCUCAAACUCGGUGCUUGAGUGUGCCUACUAACUGACCAUAUUGUCUCUGUGUGUGUGAAACGGAUUAACUUAACACUGUUUUAGCUUUGUUUUGGUAAGAAACCCAUGUUUAGUAUAUAAGUGUAUUUCUGUAUCCAAAUCUAUUUCUACAAAGACUAGGGGUUGAUAGGGGUUUGUGUGAAUUUCUGUUCUGUACAUUUCUGACUUUAAUUUGUUUUUAUUUUUAAAAUUGGUUAUCCAGAAUAGGGGGCGGGGUCAUGUGUAGAUUAUAAGUUAAAAGUUAGUCCGUCUGUUUUGUCUCUUGCACUACAAAUAAAACAGACAUUGGGUACCAGA